GUUUGGUAUCAUUGACGCGUGAAGCGAAGAGAAUAGAGCACAGCCAACGAGGAAACGUGGCUAUGGCAGAGAGAGGCAGGCGACCAUUCCUGAAGGCAGCGACGUCACACAGCAGAGGACCGUAGAAGGGCAAGCCGGCGGAAGCGUGCGAGCUGCGAUGGGAUCUGGAGAGAGCGCCUGCGAGGUUGAUAUAAGCAAGGGCAGAGACCGGAGCUGGUAGCGCUGGUUGAUGGCGUCCUCGCUCUACAACAAACAUCUUCCACCAGCUGUCCCUCCGUCUGCCUCUGCCGGUCCAUCCAUCAUGGGCCCCGUCGGUGGCAGCUCUGCACAGCAAAUCGUCCAUAGCAGACUCAAUGACUCGUUUGACAACAUCAGACACGAGUUCGACUCGCUUGCUCAAGAGAUUGCGCUCUUGCGUGGUCAGCGGGACGACUUUGAGAACAAAGUCACAUCCCAAGUGAACGAACUCAAUAUCAUCCGCUCGUCCCUCUACGAACUUGAAACUCAACAUACUAAAAUUCGCACUCAAUACAAUGACGAGAUCCGCCAACUCCGCGCAGAAAUCGAGCAUCUCCGUACCCAGCGGGAUGGUCCCCCGCCACCCCGCGAAGGCAUUGCCUCUCUCGGACGCAGUGAUCGAGAGCGCGAACGCGAGCGUGAACGUGAAAGGGAAUUGCUACUUGGAAUCACUACAGGUGGCAGUCAAUUGAGUGCAGUAGGACCUGGUGAAGGGAGGCCCCCUGGCGCCCCAUCGUCUAUCGGCCCUGCUGCACCAGGCGUAGCAAGAGGCGAAGCCGCAGGUCGCGAAACUCUCGGUCUCGGUCGUCCCCCUCUUCCACCUCACCAACAAUCGCUUCCCCAUACCACUCAUACUGCUCACGCCGUCCAUCAAAUUCACGCCCAACCUCCUCCCCCAGGUCCUGGUCCCCCGUCUCAACUCCCUCCAGGCCCUUCAGGUCCCGGUGUGGCUCCUCCAGGUGCCGUCGACCCACAUAACCCUCACCAGCACUUUCAAGGGCCCGGCGGGGUGGUACAUCAGAUAGGUCCUGCUGGAGGUGCACAUGGAAACCAAAUGAACCCACCUCUUGGUCUCGGAGUAGGCGGUGGUGAGCGCGAUCGCGAUCGUUCUGGGUAUUACGACUAUGCUCCCCCUGCCCCUGCUCCUCCGUCGGGACGUGGACCACCGUUGAGUGCAAGUGGCGAUGUCGUGAUGAGAGACGUCGGUCCACGCGCAUCCAUUUCGUCUAUCGAUAGGGACAGAGAGAGAGAUGUGGUCAUGCGGGAUUCCUUUCGGGACUCGCGGGAGUCGAGGAUAGAUAGGGAGGGCAGAUUGGAGAGACAAGAUUCUUUACGCGAGCGUGAUCUGCGAGAACGUGAUCGCGAGCUUCGAGACGUGCCCAUGCGGCUCGACUCUCGUGCGGACUUGAGUGAGAGGGAUUUGCGAGAACGUGAACGAGAAAGGGAGAUGAGAGAGGCGAGGCUUGAACGGUUCGGUGGGGAGAGGGAGCGUGCUCGAGAGUUGGAUGCCAUGAGAGAGAGAAUGGAACCUCCGCCUCGGGGUCUUGAUCGCGGUGAACGAGGUGAUCGCGAAAGAGAUGUGCGUGACGUUAGAGAAAGGGUGGAAAGAGACACGCGCGAUAUGAAGAGGAUCAAAGUCGAACCGCCGCUUGGGCCACCCGGUGGUCCACCCACCAUCGUUCCUGGGACGCCGGGGCGCGAUGCGAUUGAGGGUGUAGGUGGACAAGGGAGUCCUGGAAAGGAGAGGGAGAGGGAGAAGAGCGGAAGAAAAGGCGGUGAACCGUACUCCCCAAUCCAACCCUCUUCUUCUGCCCAGCCGCCCACGUCUCAACAACCUAUCCCAUUCGGUGCCAGCUCCGGUUUACCCUUGCCACCUACGCCCAACGGUCGGGAUCGAGAUCGAGCUGUAGGUGGAGAAGCACAAACGCCAAAGUUACCAAUUGUGCCUGGUCCUCCGUAUCCCUCUCCUCAAAGUGCAGGGACCGCGAAUGGCGCCGGUUUAGGCGAAGGUGUGACUGCAGCUGGUCCCGCAAGUGCAGUCAAUGGUCCUGAACCAUAUCCGCCGAAAGAACCAGUUGAUGAUGGUGGCCAAGGACAAACGGCCGUCGUCGGGCCAGGUGGACAGAGUGCACCUGCGGGUGCGGGUGCGUUGGUGGAUUUGGGAGGCGUCGAUCUGCAUACUGUGCCUGAGGAGUUGAAGAGGGAGGGGAGUGAUUGGUUCGCAGUGUUUAACCCCAAUGCCGAUCCGACCAAACCUGACGGAUCGGGGGCGACUGCACCGAAGAGAAACUUGGAUGUGAAUUUGGUACAUACGCUUAUGCAUGAGAGCGUGGUAUGCUGUGUUCGUUUUUCGGCGGACGGCAAGUAUCUUGCUACGGGAUGUAAUCGUACGGCACAGAUCUACGAUACCAAGACGGGUGCGAAGACUUGCGUAUUGGUAGACGAGGAUAGCACCAAGACGGGGGAUCUGUACAUUCGCAGCGUUUGUUUCAGCCCGGAUGGCAAAUUCCUCGCAACUGGGGCGGAGGAUAAGCAGAUCAGGAUAUGGGACAUCGCGAAACGCAAAAUUUGCACGGUGUUUGAAGGCCAUCAGCAAGAAAUCUACUCGCUUGACUAUUCAAAGAAUGGUCGACUGAUCGUGUCAGGUUCGGGAGAUCGGACGGCUAGGAUUUGGGAUACGGUCGAUGGGAGUACGAAUAAGAUCUUGACCAUCAACGAGGGAGAAGGUGACGCAGGCGUGACCUCAGUGUGUAUCUCCCCGGACGGUCGAUUCGUCGCGGCAGGAUCUCUGGACACGAUCGUCCGAAUCUGGGACGUCCAAACUGGGGCGCUGGUGGAACGACUGAAAGGACAUCGGGAUAGCGUGUACAGCGUGGCGUUUACGCCUGAUGGACAAGGACUCGUGAGCGGGUCUCUCGAUAAGACGCUCAAGUACUGGGAUCUGCGACCUAUCCUGACUGGAACGGGACGUGGAGGUGCAGGUGGGGGCGCGAGUGGGGCUGUGGGGAAAGGUGGUGCGGGAUUGACGAAGGAAGGAGGGGAGAAGGGAAGUCAGUGUACGAUGAACUUUGUGGGACAUAAGGAUUAUGUGCUGAGCGUGGCGGUGUCGCAUGAUGGACGGUGGGUGGUGAGUGGGUCGAAGGAUCGGGGAGUGCAGUUUUGGGAUGCGAAGACGGCGGUGGUGCAGUGUAUGUUGCAGGGACAUAAAAAUUCUGUGAUCUCGAUCGACCUGAGUCCUGCGGGGAGCAUCCUUGCUACGGGUAGUGGUGAUUGGCAGGCCCGAAUAUGGAGCUAUUCUGCGCAAUAAAUCGACUUGCUGCUGUAUCCCGUGUCGUCUGUUCUUGACUGCUUCCAUCUCACGUUUUUGUAUUGCAUGUAUCUGAUAGCGAAACCUACCUAAAAGUGUACUGUUAUCCCUCACUCGUAUUCUCUCCUGCAGCCGUAUCUCUCGUCGGUCGCGUUCUGUCCUCUCUCUCUCCUCUUUUGCUUGCUUUCUGAAUGUUCGCGUCCAUUCUUUUCUCACGAUUAUUUUUCUCCUCUCUUUUUCCUUCCUCCCUUUUUUCGUUUCUUUUUUUCCCCGUUUGUUUGUAGUUUUUGUCUCAAUGCUCCUGUUCCAUUGUCCCCCCUCCUCUCAGCUCCAUAUUUGCGUGUUUCUAUCAUUUUGUGCGUGUUAUUACUGUAAUUGAUUCAUGUAGACUCCUUUUCCUCGAGACGAAACAAGCUAAUCCGUAUACCCUCGCCGUUAAAGUCAACUUGAACCGUCAGUCUAUCUUUUGUUCGACUUCGAGUUUAUGACAUGGAUCAAAGGCGAGAGGAUCCUUGGAGAGUGCUAGUGAUCGUUGACGCCGCUGCUGGCAUGCCUCGUCAAUUCGGAAAAGACAA